AUGCAAACAACCCCGAACGCACCGCCACUCUCAGCAGUCGCCGCUGGAAAGCGGCCUGCGGUCACUUCUAGUGAUGAGGAAGAUUCUGAUGCCGAUAGAUUUGCGAACCCGGAGGAGAACCUAUCAUUAUCCUUCCCUGAUACGCAGCAUCGUGUAUCAGGUAGGAUACGGAAGAAGUCGAGACUACUGGAUGGGUAUAUAGUUUGA